AUGUUGCUCAAGAUAGCGGUCGCUUCCUUUCUUUUCUCCUCCGUCGCAGCGCGAUCGGUCGAAAAGGCUGCUUACAGUCCUCGUGCUACCCAUCCUUUCAAGUCCCUAGUAGCGUACGGUGACGAGCUUAGCGACAACGGCAACGGUAGUUUUGCCCACGGCAUCACUGGUGACCCGGCGAAUGUCUACGGCUUUGGCACUUGGACCAAUGGCCCGGUAGCUGUGUCCUACCUCGCUGAUCUUCUCGGUAUUCCAUUAACUGACUAUGCUUUUGGCGGCUGUUGCGGCGGCGGCUCCUUCGGCGCAACGUUUGACACUGCAUACACCAAGUCGCCCGCCGGCGCGACAGACAUGAUCAGUCAAAUUACAAACUAUACAGCCAGUGGAUCCAAGGGGGUCGAGUCCUCGUUGCAGUUACUGUGGUUCGGCCAGAAUGACCUCAGCAUGCACACAGACGCUUUCUGGCUAGGCGACCCAAACAAUGCCAAAUUCUCAAACGACGCUGCAGCGAAGAUCACGGCGCAGGUAAAGAACCUGCUCGACCUCGGUGCACCGCAUGUCAUGGUUGCCAACAUCUACCCUAAACAUCUGGCCCCCGUAACGUCAAAGUAUCUCUGUGGCACCAACACAGGUUGCAUUACUACCUGGGGGCGGGUUAUCAUGCAAGCCAAUGCCGCUAUAAAGAAGAGCCUGGAAGAGUUUGGGAACAAGGUUAUAUACUAUGACGUAUUCAGCUUCAUGAUGCAGAUUUUGAAUGACCCAGCAGGCUAUGGGUUUACAAGGCCGUUGAAUCAGUUUUGCGAUGGAGACGAGACAGCACAAUGGGAUGACUGCAUGAUCAAGGGAAACGCCAACCAGUACUUUUGGAUGAAUUUCAUACAGCCUACUACGGCUGUUCACCAACUAAUCGCCAAAGACAUGAAGAAGACAACUGAUUCCCAUUUUGCUUAA